GAGUGCUGCUGCAGACAGCUAACUGUUAACGGAUUUCAGUGCUCCCGGAUUGUGAUGUGAAGUCAGACAUAAAAUCAGACAUUCUGUGUUAAUCAGUGAACAUGGAGAAACUGACGAGGUGUUUCAUGUCGGUGCUGCUGCUGUCUGCGGUGCUGAGCUCUGUUUUAACUGAAGAGAAGUUUGUCAGGGACGGAGGUAAACUGGAGCUGAGGCCUAACUUCUCCGGUGAUAUCAACACUGUCACAUGGAAACUAAGCAGCGAUAUGGUGGCAGAAUGGUUGAAAUCGAUAAAUGAUCUAACGUACUACGACGUGUUUAAAGGCCGAACAACCCUGAACAAAGAAACUGGAAUAUUGGAGAUCACAAACAUGAGUUCAGCUGACAGUGGGGUGUAUUCAGUGGAAAUCAACAACAUGGUCCUGCCCGAGAGAUAUAAUGUAAAAGUGAUCAAGGAGGUGCCUCAGCCUGUUGUGGAGUUAAAACCGCUGGUAUGUACCUCUGCAUAUAAACAAUGCACCCUGCACUGUGAGGGAAACAUUGAGGGAGCUGAACCUGUCAUCUACAGCUGGAAGAUGGGAGACAGAGAGUGGAGGAAUGGAAAGAAGAACAGGACCAUCACCAAAGAUGAGACAACACGUGAUAAAACGUUUUCCUGCCAGAUGAAGAACCCAAUCAGUGACAAACAAAGUGAACCCAUAGAAAACAUUUUCUACAAAUCUGGAGUUGCUGGAUCUGUUUCUGUGAAUCUGCUUGUUGUCAUCUUGGCUGUUGUAUUUGGUGCAGGGUUUUAAAACUAAAGACUAAAGUUUGUCCUGCAGCCUUUGAAUGUCAGUCAGUGAUGCUCGCACCUUAAUGUCAACAAGACAGUAUGCAUGUUUGCACUCCAAAACAACUACAGAGGUCUGUAAAUCAGAUGUGAGGUUUAAUGGUAAAAAAAACAAAAAAAAACUCCAGUUGGUAUCAGAGUUAAAAUAUCUUGGCUUCAUUUUGGACUCAAAUUUAACCUUCAAGAAAUACAUAAAGAAGGUAAUCCGCACCAUGAAGUUUCGUCUGCUCAACGCCUUCAUCCAGACCUUCUCCCAUCUAUCAUACUACAUCACAAGCUGGAAUAACCCUGAUACAUCAGCUCAAGUCCCUCAAUAAACAAGCACUUUCAAUCAUGGACAAGAAGCCUCACAGAUAUAACCACUGUAACUUUAUAAAUUAUAAAUAUAAUCUUCUCACAUUGGACAAUCUCAGACUAUACAAUGAUACCUGCCCCUCCGCCUCUGAGUCAGUUUGUGCCCAGAAAAGACACAACCAGAACCACAAGGUCCACAUUACGAAGGGACUGCGUUGUUUCUUAUAGAAGGAGUGUGUUUGGAUAGUUGGACUUCUCUGUUUGAGCAUCACACUACUGGAACACUCUCGCCAUACAUAGGACCAGUUCUCUCUAAAAACACUCAAACAUCACCUGAGCUGCAGUCAUGACUAAAACUACAGUUUCUGUGUGCCUCACCAUCAGACUCUAUUGUGUGCUGUGCUUUUACUCACUUACUAACUUUGUAUGAAUGAUGUGUUAUUUAUAGUUCAUAAUUUAAUGUCUAUUUUAAUAUAUCUUUCUUUC